GUCAUAUCUGACAUUUUUUUAUCAUUUCGAAGACAAUGUUAUAUAUAUGACUCCCAAAUUCCUGUUCAAUUCUUACUAUAUAAAGAAACAGGGGUGAAACAGAGCUGAAACAGAACAAGCACACUGCUAAAAGAGGUAGCAGGCAAAGCAAUGAGGCUUUCAAAUGCUACCCUUUGUUUGGUUUCUUUCAUUGUUUUCUUUCUUUUGCAGAGACCUGCAUUUGCUGCCAAAAAGUCAUUUGUGGUAUACUUGGGAGAACACUCACAUGGACUCGAAUCUGCAUCGGUUGAUCUGGAUACUGUGACGGAAUCACACUACGAGUUUCUUGGAUCAUUCUUGGGAAGUAGCGAUGACGCGCGAGAAGCUAUCUUUUACUGUUAUACAAGACAUAUCAAUGGUUUCGCUGCAGAUUUAGAAGAGGAAGUAGCAGCUAAGAUAGCAAGGCAUCCGAAAGUAGUUUCAAUUUUCGUGAACAAGGGAAGAAAACUACACACAACGCGUUCGUGGGAAUUCCUUGGUUUGGAGCAGAACGGUGUGGUUUCGUCAAACUCAAUCUGGAACAAGGCCAGAUAUGGAGAAGAUACAAUAAUCGGAAACCUUGACACCGGUGUCUGGCCUGAAUCAAAAAGCUUCAGCGAUGAUGGGUAUGGACCGAUUCCAUCGAAGUGGAAGGGAAUUUGUCAAAAUGACCAAGAUGCUGGAUUUCACUGCAAUAGGAAGCUAAUUGGAGCAAGGUACUUCAACAAAGGGUAUGCUGCUAUUGUUGGCAAACUCAACUCUUCCUUUGAUACACCACGUGACAAAGAAGGUCAUGGAACGCAUACCUUAUCAACUGCUGGGGGUAACUUGGUAGCCAACGCAAGUGUUUUUGGCUUUGGCAAAGGAACAGCGAAAGGAGGAUCACCGAGAGCCAGAGUAGCAGCAUACAAGAUUUGCUGGCCACCAGUUGGAGGAAAUGAAUGCUUUGAUGCAGAUAUAUUGGCAGCUUUUGAUGUGGCCAUUCAAGAUGGAGUUGAUGUGCUGUCUGUGUCAAUUGGGGGAGAUCCCACUCCCUUUUUCAAUGACAGCGUUGCAAUUGGCUCUUUUCAUGCUAUCAAGCAUGGAAUUGUUGUGGUCUGCUCAGCUGGCAAUUCAGGACCUGCUGAUGGUACCGUCUCCAACAUUGCACCAUGGCAGAUCACGGUUGGAGCCAGCACCAUGGAUAGGGAAUUCCCUAGUAUUGUUGUCCUCGGCAACAAUAUGCACUACAAGGGACAAAGUUUAUCGGUUAAAGUUUUGCCAAACAAGUUAUUCCCACUUAUAAGUGCAGCGGAUACCAAGGCAGCUAAUGCAUCAAUUCAAAAUGCAUCGUUAUGUCAGGCUGGAGCCAUUGAUCCUAAAAAGGCAACAGGAAAGAUCUUGGUAUGUCUUCGAGGCCAGAAUGCAAGAGUGGACAAGGGUCAGCAAGCAGCUCUGGCUGGAGCUGUUGGCAUGGUUCUUGCUAAUGACAUUCUCACAGGGAAUGAAAUUCUUGCCGAUGCUCAUGUCCUUCCUGCUUCCCAUAUCAAUUACACUGAUGGUCUUGCUGUUUUCACUUAUAUUAAUUUAACAAUGAAUCCCACUGCAUAUAUUUCUCCUGCAACCACACAAAUUGGCACAAAGCCAGCCCCUUUCAUGGCAGCAUUUUCAUCAAAGGGACCCAACACCAUCACACCUGAUAUCAUCAAGCCUGAUAUCACUGCACCAGGUGUCAGUGUGAUAGCUGCGUAUACGGAAGCAGAAGGGCCAACAAAUGAAGAUUUUGACAAGCGCCGAGUUCAAUUUAACUCUGUAUCAGGCACUUCAAUGUCAUGUCCUCAUGUUUCAGGCAUUGUUGGCCUUCUUAAAACCCUUUAUCCAAAGUGGAGUCCUGCAGCAAUUAAAUCAGCUAUUAUGACCACUGCAACCACGUUUGAUAACUUGAAGGAGCCAAUUAUAAAUGCAUCAAAUAUGAAAGCAGGGCCAUUCAGCUAUGGAGCAGGGCACAUACAACCAAACCUUGCUAUGGAUCCUGGACUUGUUUAUGACUUAGCAGCUACUGAUUACCUAAACUUUCUAUGCACUUUGGGGUACAAUGAAACACUAAUUUCAACUUUCUCACAGAACUCCUACAAAUGCCCCAAGCCAAUUAGUCUUGCCAACUUCAACUACCCUUCAAUCACAAUCCCUAACCUUGUUGGAUCCAUUACACUGACUAGGAUUGUUAAAAAUGUUGGUUCCCCAGGUACUUACAGAGCUCAAGUGCAGAGACCCAUCGGAAUUUCGGUUUGUGUUGAGCCCAAAAAAUUGCAGUUCAAAAAGGUUGGUGAAGAGAAGACAUUCAGUGUUACCCUGAAGGUCAAGAAAGCUCAUGCAGUUAAGGAAUAUGUAUAUGGGCAGCUGAUAUGGUCAGACCAUGUACACCAUGUGAGGAGUCCUAUAGUAGUAAAGGCAGUCUAAACACUGUCAAAGAUUGCUUGGCUAGCUUUUAAGUUUGAAUCUUUGGAUUAACCCUUUGAUUGCUACCUAGCUACUUUGGCACGGCCUUCAAUGUAUUCUAUAUUAUUCUUCAAGGCCCUCCUGUUAUAUUUGACUAAAUAAUUAUUGGGAAAAAAAAGAAAUCCAACUAGAUGGGCCUCUCUCUCUCUCUUAUUCUUAUAUUGAACUCCAUAUCCAGGGGUUCCAUGCUGCAAUAGCAACAGUUCUCUAGUAAAAAUAUCAACAAUAACAAUAGCAACAAAACUAAAUAAAGUUUAUACAUAAUAUGAUCAUUAUUCAUUAUAUACGAAAACCUGACAAAGAGAGGAAAACACUACAUAUAUAACAUAUGUUACAACAUGGAAAAGAGAGCCUUCAAAGGAUUUCAAGAAAGGAGCUCUUUUGCCCACAAAAAAGUCGC